UUUCCACAAACUCCGGGAAGAGACCAAUGCAGUGACGUCAUUUGCUUGCACAGACAGUCAGCCAUCAUCGUCACAUGAUUCCAUUUACUCAGCUCGUAAUAGUCUAACAGUCAUGGCUCUGAACAUGACUGUGGUCAACCUGAAGGCCAUAGUCUUAGGACAUUGGGUGCUCACAGUCUGGGCAUGUAUGGGAGGUGCGAUACAAUGGCUGCCAGCCUCCUACCAGUGGUGCAACUUCACUGUGUUAGCUGUGGGAGUCUGGGCAGUGGCACAGAAGGACUCAGUAGAUGCUAUCUUCAUGUUCCUUGCAGGCAUGACAAUUAGUAUCCUUCUAGACAUCAUCCACUUUGGGAUCUACUACGGCAGAUCUAUCCAGAACCAGAAUGCUCAGCCUUCAGUGCGAGAUGAGUUCAGAUUUGCUGUUGGCAUGGCCAUUCUGAACCUGAUCCUGAAGCCCUUCACCUGUCUGCUGCUGUACCAGAUGUACCGUGAGAGAGGAGGGGAGAUGUACAUGAACUUUGAUGCUGCCCAGGAGAGGUAUGGCCCACUGGACAGCUCCACAGAAAUCCCCCCACCCCCACAGCCUGUCCCCCCACCCCCUCAGCAGAAAGGGCCAUCCUACAUGUACCAGGACGUGCCAUGAUAGGUGAACAUGACCUUCAGGUUUUCUCUUCAACCAGCACAACUGUCUACUCUACAGGUUGUUAUAUACAUUAGGUAGUCCUAAGAUUGAAGUAUGCUACUGUGUGCUGGUUGAAAUGUAACCCAAUCCCAUGACUCAAAUUGGUAAAGCACAGUUACACACCUGUAAUAAGCCCUAGGAAAAUUUAUGUGUUUGUUUCAAAUUACGGUUGUGUAAAAUAGAGUCAAUAGGUAAGGAUCAUUGCAAAGCCUUAACCUGUUGAGAGAGUGUGAAAUAUAGGAAGUCUGUGAGACAACUUGCAAGACUACAUA